AUGGCUUUAAGUAAGAAACCUGUUAUGGCUGCGCUAUUGCUACUAUUUUUAUUGAUAUCAACAUCCUCCAUUUCUGCACAAUCUAUAGGUGUAAAUUAUGGAACAGUUGCUGAUAAUUUACCACCUGCAACUGAUGUAAUAACAUUGUACACCACCAAUGGCAUAGGGAAAAUGAGGAUUUUUGAUCCAAAUCAAGCAACCCUCCAAGCCCUAAAAGGAUCCAACAUAGAGGUCAUUGUUGGAGUUGUUAACAAUGACCUUCAAGGUCUUGCCGCUAGUCCUGCAACUGCAAAUACUUGGGUGCAGACAAACAUAAUUCCCUACCCUGAUGUCAAAAUUAGUUACAUUGCUGCUGGGAAUGAAAUAAAGCCGAGUGAUCCAUUAGCCCAAUAUGUUGGACCAGCCAUACAGAACUUAAACAAUGCAAUUACAGCUUCUAAUUUACAAAUUAAAGUUUCAACAGUAAUAGACAUGUCAUUGUUGGGCAAUUCUUUCCCUCCAUCUGCAGGCUCAUUUAGUGAUAGUGCAAGUUCAUACAUAAAUGCAAUUGUUAGCAUCCUAGUAAGCACUAAUGCACCACUUCUUGCCAAUGUGUACCCAUAUUUUGCCUACACAAGUGACCCAACAAACAUUAAGCUUGAAUAUGCCUUAUUUACUUCACCAGGGGUUGUGGUACAAGAUGGUAACUUAGGGUAUCAAAAUCUCUUUGAUGCAAUUCUGGAUUCUCUCUACUCUGCUCUUGAGAAGAUUGGUGGAGCCAAUUUGACUGUCAUUGUAACGGAGAGUGGUUGGCCAUCAGAUGGAGACAGUGGUGUAGCAGCAACAGUUGAUAAUGCUGGCACUUAUUACAAGAAUUUGAUUAGUCAUGUGAAGAAUGGGACUCCAAAGAAGCCUGGACCAUUAGAAACUUACUUGUUUGCUAUGUUUGAUGAAGACCAAAAGGGUCCAGCAGAAACUGAGAAACAUUUUGGUCUAUUCUCACCCACCAAGGAACCCAAGUACCAACUAACUUUCACUUAA